AUGAGCCACAACCAAGGAAGAAGAAAUGAGCGAGAUGCAUUUUCAAAACAACCUCCUCGAAAUCCACAUCAUGUAUAUAGACAAAAGCAUUCUCUUGGUCACAACCGUGCUGUUCCUUAUGUAAGCGAACAAGCAACUGUACCAGAAAAAUCGAUUGAGCCCCAAGCGAAGCCAACGGAUUUGCCACCUGCUAAUUCUGCAGCUGCACAGCCCUCGAAUCCUCCAGCAAAUCCAGUCGACACAACCGCAUUGCCCACAAAUCCCGAGCGAUCCCAUCCUUCAGGAGGUAGAAGAAUGGCUUCCUCCGCUCCCAAGUCGGCAAAGCCCGAAAAGGCGGGGAAGUCCGCUCCCUCCGUGCAAUCGCCGAAGUCGUCUCAACCUUCUCAGCCGCUUCCAAAGAAAUCGAGCAAGGCUUCGACGCUUCCAAAGUCUUCAGAGAGCCAGCGAGCCGCCAAAAACGAAGCGGCAGUCGCUCCGAAGCCGUCGAAUGCUCAGGAAACGACGGCAGAGCAGCCAGUGAAACCGGCGAAACCGGCGAAGGAGUCGCGAUGA